AUGGCAGACCAUCAAGAGGACUCGGACCACGAAGACCCCUACGACUCGCCUUCCGAUACCAAAGAUCCUAAGGCACAACAGCCCGACAGACCCAAGACCCCAUCCAACCAGCAUAACCGGUAUGAUGACUCUGAGGAUGCGCGCGAGGCAGCGCUGCAACGGGAGUUGGAGGGUGUCCGAAACAUGAACGAGUUGAUCGAGGGGGUGGUUGGUACGCUUGAGCGAGCAAAGGGGAACAUGCAGACUGUUUCUAGUACUGUCAAUGCAGCAUCCACUCUCCUAAACACAUGGACGCGUAUUCUCUCACAAACUGAGCAUAACCAGAGGCUCAUUCUGAAUCCUUCCUGGAAGGGUGCAACGCAGGAUCUGGCAGAUAUAGAGAGUGAAGCUGCUGCCAAAGCUGCAGCGGCUGAGCGUAGAGCAGCCGAGGAAGAGCGACGACGUGCUGAAGCUCGGCGUAAAGCAGAAGAGAGCCAGAGACAGCGCGAAGCCGCCGCGAGCUCAAGUAGUGCUGGCACGGGGCGCGGAAGAGUAAGUACUCGGGGGGUUCGGGGAACUACGAGGGCUACGGCGCGCGGAAGGGGAAUCGGAACUUCAAGACCAACGUCAGGGAUGGGUGCAAGUCCGUCUGCAGACAGUACGGCAUCCACCAUCUCGAGUGCUAGGGGCACCUCGAAGAUUGGAAGGGCGUUCUUACGCGCAGGAUCGAGAGGAGCACGAGGGUCAUAA